AUGCCUUUCACCGGAAGCGACAUCAUCAAAAUCAUCUUCGCCAUUCUGCUGCCUCCUGUUGGAGUGUUUCUUGAGCGCGGCUGCGGCGCGGAUUUGUUGAUCAACAUUCUGCUUACGAUCCUCGGCUACAUCCCCGGCAUCAUCCAUGCGCUGUACAUCAUUCUGAAGUACUGA